AUGGGGACAAGUAAACUCAUCAUGGCGUCUGUCAACGGCAGCCUGCGGCCCGCCUCGUUCCUGCUGGUCGGCAUCCCGGGCCUGGAGGCCCUACAGCACUGGAUAGCCAUCCCGCUGUGCUUCAUGUACAUCGUGGCCCUGCUGGGGAACUGCGUGGUCCUCUUUGUGAUAAGGACAGACCCCAGCCUGCAUGAGCCCAUGUACCUCUUCCUGGCCAUGCUGGCCGUCACCGACCUGGUCCUCUGCACGUCCACCAUGCCCAACAUGCUGGGCAUCUUCUGGCUGGGCUCCGGGGAGAUCGGGUUCCACGCCUGCCUCACCCAGAUGUUCUUUUUCCACAGCUUCUUGUUGAUGGAGUCGGGCACCCUUGCAGCCAUGGCGUUGGACCGCUACGUGGCCAUCUGCCACCCCCUCCGCUACACGGCCAUCUUGAAAAUCACAACGGUGGCCAAGAUGGCGCUGCUGGUCUCGGUCAGAGGCCUGGUUGUGAUCGCCCCCCUCCCCUUGCUCCUCAGGAGGCUGCCCUUCUGCCAGGCCCGCCUCAUCCCCCACUCCUACUGCGAGCACAUGGCCGUGCUGAAGCUGGCCUGCGCAGACACCACGCUCAAUACAUCGUACGGGGUGGUCGUGACCAUGCUGGUGGUGGGGAUGGACGGCAUGUCCAUUGCGCUUUCCUACGUCAUGAUCCUCCGGGCUGUUUUCCGCCUCCCCUCAGCCCAGGCCCGGAUCAAGGCCCUCAGCACCUGCACUUCCCACGUCUGCGUCAUCCUCCUGUUCUACGUCCCCGGGCUCUUCUCUUUCCUGGCGCACCGCUUCGGCCAGAGCAUCCCCCAAGCUGUCCACAUCCUGCUGGCCAACCUCUACCUGCUCCUGCCGCCCAUGCUCAACCCCAUCGUGUACGGCAUGAGAACCAAGCAGAUCCGCACGCGGGUGAGCAGGGUCUUUUACGUGAGGCCCCCUGAGUGCGUGAGGGUGGUCGCUGCACCCUCCUUCCCACAGCCGCCACGCACCACUGGUGUGCGCCACGAGUCUCAUUCCUCAUGGAGCCCUGGGGGCAAAGGAAACUCUUGGGCCGUUCCCCCAUUCGGACCAAAAUAG